GAAUGCGUUGGGAGGAACUCAGCAGCAGCAUCCCCCACGGAGUGCUUCAAAGCCUUGCGCGUACAUAUUCUUCUGUUGAGGCUUUACUAGUGAAUCGCAGUAAGGCCUUGGCUGCAACACCGGCGCAUGGUAAUCACAAGGGGGGUUCAGUGGCCUUGGAGGGCAGUCCAGGCAUCGAUGACGGCACCUUGGCGGCGGUGGAGGCGGUGUUGGAGGCACGCCUUGCCCCGCAGUGGUGCAGCGGAGCGACACUGAUGCAUGAGCUGCGGCACUCCAUACAGGUGCUGCCCACGGGCUGUGCAGCUAUCGACACGCUGCUGGGGGGGGGCCUCCGCGAGGGCACGCUGGUGGAAGUGGCGGGGGAGACCGGCAGCGGCAAGACGCAGCUGUGCCUGAGCGCCGCCGCUACCACUGCCUACCGCGGCGAGGCCGUGCUGUACGUGGAUUGUACAGGCAGCUUCGCACCUGAGCGCAUCGUGCAGAUGGCGGAGGCGGAGGCGGCAGUAAGCUUGGGCGCCGAACCGCAGGCAGUCGAGGGGGAGCUAGCUUCGCGCGUCCUGAGCUGCAUCUCCGUCCUGCAACUCUCCAACGUGUACGACCUAUUGGGCCGCCUGGACUGGCUAGGGGCAACCCUGCAGCUACAGCAACAACAGCAGCAGCAGCAGCAGCAAGGGCGGCAAGCGGGUCUUCGACAGGUGCAAGUGCAGGGGCAGGGAAGCGACGGUGUGACCUUGCGGCAUGGCAGCGGCACCGAUGGAGCAGUGGGCGAGGUGCCGCGGGGAGCCCGCAUAGGCCCACGGCUGUUGAUCGUCGACUCGGUGUCGGCGUUACUGAGCACCGUGGUGGGAAGCAACCAACACACGCAAGGCACUACACUGUUGGUUGCCACGGGCCGCACUCUCAAGGAGCUUGCGGAGCAGCACUCUAUUGCAGUUUUGGUCACCAACCACGUCACCAGCACCGGCCCGAUGACGUGGGGCGGUGGAGGCGGCAGGGGCGGCGGCGGCGGUGGUGACGGUGUUGCUGCGGACCGCGGCGUCAGUGCAGCAGCGGCGGUGGGUGUUGCCGGCCUCAAGCCGGCGCUUGGGGAGCAAUGGCGGCCUCAGCCCCAUAUGCGCGUGCAGCUGUCCAUCGAUGGGUCGCAACCGCCUGAAUUGGGUGUGCGGAUAGCAACGCUGACAGCAUCGCCACUACAGGCAUGCGGCCAAAAGCUGGAGUUCCGCAUUGUUGCCUCGGGGCUUGUGUAAGCCGACGACGCUACCUAUCUCAUUCCGUUCAUGGCGUGUCGAGCCGUCCACCGCGCGCGAUGGACCCCAGCACGAGAGCUUCGGAAACAAGUCCAGAUUCGUGAUUGGCGAGGACGGUGUCUUUGGACGUCGGGGAAUUAGUCAAGAGAUUAGAAGACCUCACGCAUGUGCAUUAGGGGCGAUGGCGUGAGGUUUGUGUCGACCAUAGCUUCAUUAUACAUAGUAUGUAUCAGCACGCGCCGAGUCACAUCACUGCAACAUAGGAUGACCCAAGUCUGCACCUCCGUACACACAAGUCUUCGAAAUCGACGACGCUAUAGAUGGCCGUACAGUUUAGGGAUGCUGCUGCUCACUCGAUACCACAACCAAAUCCAUGUGCAAUACAAUCUAUGUGUCAAUAUCUGCAUGCUGCC